AUGGACUCGUGCUUCUCUCCCCUCAUGGACUCGUGCUUCUCUCCCCUCAUGGACUCGUGCUUCUCUCCCCUCAUGGACUCGUGCUUCUCUCCCCUCAUGGACUCGUGCUUCUCUCCCCUCAUGGACUCGUGCUUCUCUCCCCUCAUGGACUCGUGCUUCUCUCCCCUCAUGGACUCGUGCUUCUCUCCCCUCAUGGACUCUUUUCUUGACUCCGUGGUGGCUGCAUCCCCUCCUGCCAAGGCAGCACCAGGGAAGGAGCUAGGGGCAGGGCAGGGGCAUGUGGGUGCGGAGCUGCUGGCUGCUGUGAAGGCCGUGGAGAGCAUGGUGAAGGCAUCAGGGCCGCUACCAGCAGCAGAUGUGGUGAAGCGUAUCGACAGGAAGCUCAAAUACUGCCGCAACCCUGCCCUCAUGCUGCACGAUCGCAAGGAGCGCAAGGAGAGGAGCAAGUCCAAGCGGGCAUCGCACAGCGUUGCGCUCACUGCCGCCCCGCCUGUCACCUCCUCGCCCCUGUAA